GUUAUAUUUGGUUCUGCACUACGGAGCCCUAGCUUGUUUGCCCUUCUUCAGAAAUCGACUACUUGGUUGACCAUUCAAUUCAAGGCACAUAAUCAACGGAUUUAUUGCAGAGUUGGAGUUAAAGCAUGGAGGGGACUCCUAACUCUGGUUACGAAGAUAGACUUAAAAAAGAGGCUCCUCAGCUAACUGCACUGUUGAAAGAGAUGAAGGAAGGAUUAGAUGCAGUAAGGAGUAAAAUUGAAGGUUUAACUGCUAAGGUGAAAGCAAAUCAAUUUCCGACGGUAGAUGGGAUAAGCUAUCUUGAAGCCAAACAUUUACUUCUCCUAAGCUAUUGCCAGUCACUUGUCUAUUAUCUGCUUCGUAAAGCAAAAGGGUUCUCGAUUGAGGGGCAUCCUGUUGUUCGGAGCCUAAUAGAGACAAGGUUGUUUUUGGAGAAGAUUCGACCAAUUGACAAAAAACUCCAGUACCAAAUCCAGAAGCUCACAAGGGGUACUGUGGGUACAACAGAAGUUGUAGGUCUGAGUGAAAAGGAGUCGGGUACCACUCAGAAGACAGAGGAUCUGUUGAAUUAUCGUCCAAAUCCUGACAUGCUUGUUCCCAGAUCAGAUAUGACUCCUGGGGAAGACGGAGGUGUAUAUCGACCCCCCAAAUUUGCCCCUACUUCUAUGGAGGAAGGUAAAAUCUCAAAGCAGGAACGAAAUGCCAUGAGAAUGGAGAAACAGAUCCUACGACAAUCCAGGCAGAGUGAAUUUGUGCGUGAGCUGAUGGAUGAUAUGGAGGGGAGACCCCAAGAGGUCAGAGAAAGUGUUGGACCUGAAAGUAGGGAGCUGUCUAGAUAUAUGGCAAAAAUGGAGAAGCGUGCACAGCAAGAAGAGGAACUUUUUAUUCGUGCUCCCAUGACAAAAAUGGAGAAAAAGAAGGAGAAACAUUUGAAGAAGUCAAGAAAUGGGUUGCUUGGCCUUACGGAAAAUUUCUAUGAUGAAAUCAAAACCUUACCCCUGGAUGAUGAUAUCAGUGAGCAAGCGACAGGCGUCAAUUAUGGCAGCAAUAGAAUGGGGAAAUUUAAUAAGCGCAAGAGGAGACAUUGAGGGACAGCAAAAAUCUUGGAUUUUUUGAGCAAUUCGGAUUUAAAACUGCAUGGCAGUUUGGUGCUGGUGGAGGUAGUAAUUUAAGGUUUAAAUAGCCUCGUAUGGUGCAAUUUUGUUUAUUUUAAGUGAUGUAAUUUGUUCCAUGGCAGCUACCUAUGAGUAUUGUAGGAGGACUAAAAACCCCAAUUUUCGUGCUGAAUUUAAUUGUUCGAUUGAGAUGGUCA